AUAUGUACGCCCUGAUGAAAGACUUGUUUUGGGGACUUGGAUAUGUUCGGUACAUAAUUUAAGUAGGAUUGGACAGUUUGUCUGCGUCUUCAUUAUGGCUGCGUUUUGCCAGGCUGUUUUUCUACUUGUGUUCUGUGAACUUAUUCGACACACAGAGGGUGUCUGCAAAGUAACUUGCACCACAGACUACAUCUCAUCAUUGAACUGUUCCUGUUUAGGCUCGACAGAACCAGUGAUAAGCGAUAUUCAGGCAGAGUGCAGGGAUGAAUUUGAUUCGGUAGCCGGGAGCUGUGUUAUCAGGCCGCCACGUCAGUGGUGUGAAAUAAACCCAGACAACUUUUAUGGAAUAGCUGAUCUUGAUACUGUUUGCACACUACAAGUUAAACAAUUCAACACCCAAAAUAAGAUGACCGAGAACACCACACACACUGUGAAGUUAAAGGAUGUCAUUAAACCACGACAACCCUUCAAUCUAACACUUACAAAAAGUGAUCAAGUUUUUAACCUAUCAUGGAAAAUGGCCUAUACAGAAGAUGAAAAUGUUGAGCUGAACAGUGACUUGAUUUACAGAGUGCGAUUAAGACCACAACACGAUUGGGAUGAGAAGCACAUCAAGAUGUAUAAUGUCAGAAAUGACGAAAGAUACCAGGAGAUCCAGUGUGAGCCCCUCUUGGCAGGAACAACAUACGUGGCCGACGUUCAGGCCUCAGUGAACGCAGAAGAGUUUUCCAAGAGUAAGGAUAAAUGGAGUGAGUGGAGCUUCAGCACUGAGUUUUCCUGCCCCCACCGAGCUGAUUCAUAUGAUAUUUUUUGGCCUAAGAGCUACAUUCUGGUGCUGGUUUUAGUUUUUGGAUUCCUGUUCUUCUUUGGAAUGAUGGGGCUGCGUAAGAAGCCAUGCCUGUUUCAAUACAUCCCGAACCCUCAAGAUUUCUUCAAACCCCUCUAUCACACAUACCAAGGAGACUUUAAGAAAUGGGUCGGCCCAGUGUUUACCUUCAACAGUUUUGACGUGCUGGAGAAGAGCGCCCCUCUCCAGGUUCUGACCGAGAAGCAGCAUGCUUCUGUUCCGUCGCAGCUGGACCUUCUGUCUAACCCGGGAACCGGCAGCAAUAGUCUGGGAGAUUGGAGCCUGCUCAGCCUGGUGAACCCUGAUUUCUCCAAGCGCUACUUUCUAGGAGGCAGCAGCCUUGGUCUGUCCCACUUCAGUGGCCACAUCUCUAUGGACACAGUGACCGUGUCUGGCCAAGAAGGCACCAUGUCGGACUUCAGCGAUACAGAUCAGAAUCCUAGACUUGCUCAUGACGGUCAGCACUCAGAGCCGGACGGUGAGGGAAGCCCAGAGAUGCAAGGUUUUGAUAAUUGCCUGCUGCGGCUCAACAACAUGGAGAACGCAGAAGAGAUCUCGCUGGACUCCUACAGUUCAAACGAGCACUCGGAUGAUGGUUACCCUCAAAUAGGUCUGGACUUGGACACCAUUGACAGCGGAUUCUUAGAAUCAGACUGCCCAAGCCCAGUGAGCUUAGAAUGUGGCGGAGGAGAACCAACGGAUGCUGCUUUUCUGGGGAAUGCUGUGGCAACCCAUUCGAACUAUGUCAAGCAAUGGAUGGCAGUCAAACCAGACACUGAAGAGGAAAGUAACUUGUUGCAGUAG